UUGACGGUAAAAAUUUGCUACUGGGCCGGCAGGGCGAAGCCAGAUUCGUUUCACAAAGAGAUCGCGAGUGGAGAGGUGCGGCUGGACGACAGGGGCGCCACAUCUGCGUUCUGGACGCGACGUCUGAAGAGGAGACAGGAAAUGGCACCGAUGGCUGACAUACGAAAGAAACUUGUGGUGGUCGGUGACGGCGCAUGUGGGAAAACGUGUCUACUGAUCGUCUUCAGCAAAGACGAGUUUCCUGAAGUGUACGUCCCCACCGUGUUCGAGACGUAUGUGGCGGACAUUGAGGUGGACAACAAGCAGGUCCAGCUGGCUCUGUGGGACACAGCUGGCCAGGAGGACUACGACCGGCUGCGCCCUCUCUCCUACCCGGACACUGAUGUCAUCCUCAUGUGUUUCUCCGUGGACAGCCCGGACUCGUUGGAGAACAUCCCCGAAAAGUGGGUCCCGGAGGUCAAACACUUUUGUCCUAACGUGCCUAUCAUAUUAGUGGCCAACAAGAAAGAUCUGCGGAACGACGAGAACGUCAAGAACGAGCUGUCUCGGCUGAAGCUGGAGCCUGUGAAGACAGAGGACGGCCGAGCCAUGGCCGCGCGCAUUGGCGCAUAUGACUAUUUGGAGUGCUCUGCAAAGACCAAGGAGGGGAUCUGGGAAGUGUUCGAAACGGCAACACGCGCAGCCCUUCAAAAACGGAAAACACCCCCAGAAGGCUGUUUCAAAUGCUGUGUUUUGAUGUGA